AGGCUAUGUAAAAAGACCCCUGUGUCCUUUGUAUCCCAUAUGCAUAUAUAAUAUGGUAGAUCCUCUGUCCUUUCUUAAAGAAUUAGUAGUACAAUUUUGACAGAAUAAAGUCUACAGCAUGUGAUGUUAGUUAGCUGGAUGACAACCAAUAGAGGAUGUACAGUGAUUAACCAUAAACAUAUAUUGGAGCUAUUCGUCCAAUUAUGUAGGGAAGGCAGCUGAGAGAAAAUUCUCCAUGAAUGUACGUCACAAUGAUGAUGACCGACCAAAUCCCACUGGAACUGCCACCCUUGCUGAAUGGGGAGGUAGCCAUGAUGCCUCACAUAGUAAAUGGCGAUGGAUCACAGCAGGUCAUUCUAGUUCAGGUUAACCCAGGAGAAACCUUUACAAUAAGAGCAGAAGACGGAACACUGCAGUGCAUUCAAGGUCCUGCAGAAGUUCCAAUGAUGUCUCCUAAUGGAUCCAUCCCACCAAUACACGUACCUCCUGGUUACAUCUCACAGGUUAUAGAAGACAGCACAGGAGUUCGACGUGUAGUUGUAACACCACAGUCUCCGGAUUGCUACCCUCCCAGUUAUCCAUCUGCCAUCUCUCCAACUCACCAUUUGCCUCCUUACCUUGCUCAUCAUCCACAUUUCCUACACAAUUCACAUACUCAGUUUUACCCGCCAGUCACUGGUCCGGGAGAAAUACCGCCACAGUUCUACCCACACCAUCUCCCACCCACAAUAUAUGGAGAACAAGAAAUCAUACCACUGUUUGGAAUGUCCAGUUACAUCACACGGGAAGACCAGUACUGCAAGCCUCAGCACAAAAAACUCAAACAGAUCGACAGACAAAAUCGGUUGAACAGUCCUCCAUCCACUUUGUAUAAAACCUAUUUAGGAAACUGUACAACUGUGUAUAAUGGUAAUGGCAAAGCUCACAAUGGUGCUGGAUGCGGAGGAGUCGGCAGUGUAGCGGGACUUAAAAAAACUGAACGCAGGGCGAGAAGCAGUCCAAAGUCAAAUGAGCAAGACACACAAGAGUAUGAACCAGAAGUAAAGAAAAUUCAUGAGGUUAUUUCAGGGAUUGAGAAAUUAACGGUUUCUAACAUUCAGUCCAGAGCAGCUGUAGUAACAUGGUUCCCUGCCAACAGCUAUCCAAGCGGAGAUAAAUCCAGUAAUGGCCUUUUGUAUUCCUGUAGUUAUGAGGUUGCUUUAUCAGACAAAGGAAGAGAUGGAAAGUACAAGAUUAUUUACAGUGGAGAAGAAUUAGAGUGUCACCUGCGAGACCUCAGGCCGGCAACAGAUUACCAUGUCAGGGUAUAUACAACAAAUAAAUCAGUAAAGGGAUCCUGCUCGGAGCCCAUCACCUUCACCACUCACAGCUGUGCACCAGAAUGUCCUUUCCCACCUAAGCUGUCUCACAGAACCAAAAGCUCACUCACACUACAGUGGAAGGCACCAGUUGAUAAUGGUUCAAAAAUCACCAGCUACCUUUUACAAUGGCACGAGGGAAAACGAAACAGUGUAUUUAGAGAGUGUUACACGGGGAACCAGAGGCACUGUAAGCUCACAAAGCUGUGCCCAGCAAUGGAGUACACAUUUAGAGUCGCUGCACGCAAUGAUAUUGGUAAAAGUGAGUACAGCCAGGAGGUUGUGUACUAUACGUCAGGCAAUAUCCCUCAAACGCCCUUAGCGCCUAAACUUAUUCGAGCUGGAAUUACGUGGAUAACGCUGCAUUGGACAAGGCCGGAUGGAUGUUUUCCAGAAGAGUUGAUUUCAUACACGCUGGAGAUUCAGGAGGAAACUGACAGUGUAUUUCAACCUACGUACAAUGGAGAAGAGUUAACCUGUACUGUGAAUAAUCUACAAAGAAGCACACAAUACAAAUUUAGGCUAAUAGCCUCAAACAUUGAAGGAAGUAGCAGUCCAAGUGAAAUAUUGGUCUGCACAACAAGCCCGGACCGGCCGGGACCUCCAUCUCGACCUGCUGUUAGGGGUCCUACCAGCGCACAUGGAUUCACCGUGCAGUGGGAUGCUCCUGAAGACAACGGUGGCUCAGAAAUACUGAAAUACCUUUUGGAGAUUUCUGAAGGCACGUCUGAAGCAACUCAAUGGAAGGUAGCAUAUAGUGGAUCAGCUACAGAUUAUACCUGUAAUGACUUGAAACCAGGCACUUUAUACAAGCUCCGUGUGUGCUCCAUCAGCACUGGGGGACACAGUCAGUGUUCUGAGAGUCAGCCUAUUCGCACAUUAUGUGUAGCACCAGGUCCUUGUCCAGCACCGAGAGUGGUAGGCAAACCAAAGCACAAAGAAGUAUAUUUACAAUGGGAUGCCCCUGUGACGGAAUCUGGGUGCCAGGUAUCUGAGUACAGCUUAGAGCUCGGUGUACCUGGAGGACAUAUCACUGAGGUCUAUCAUGGUUGUGACUUGGAGUGUACAGUCAGUGAUCUGCUUCCUGGAAGCACUUAUCAAUUCAGAGUACGAGCUCUGAAUGACGGAGGAUAUGGGCCUUACUCGGAUGCCUCAGAUAUCACGACAGCAGCAGGACCACCCGCACAGUGCAGGCCUCCAGUGCUGACAUUCCUCUCUGACACAUGUGUACAUAUAAGCUGGGAGAGUCCUGAGAGCAAUGGUGCAGACAUCUCAGGAUACAGACUACAAUGGGCAAAAGAAGAGGACACCCCAGAAUUAGUUUACAGUGGUUCCGACACAUGCUUUCAAAUGUCUGAUCUAAUAGCAGCAACACAGUACAGCUGCAGACUUCAGGCAGUAAAUUUAUCUGGAGUUGGACCCUUUAGUGAUCUAGUGAGCUGCCGAACACCAGCCUCUGUCCCAGACGCAGUACCCAACCUUUAUGUGACUGAUGGUGCCCAUCUAGAUUCAUGCACAAUGCUAUCAUCAGUGUGCCUAUUGCUAAGUUGGGAGGAGCCGUGCUGCAAUGGAUCAGACAUUAUUGCUUACCACAUACACUUGGGAGACAAUAGCAUCUCAGUAGGGAACAUAACAAGUUACGUCAUCGAGGAUCUACAGCCGGAAGCAACCUACCAAAUCCAGAUCCAGGCAGUGAAUGAGAUUGGUGCUGGGCCCUUCAGCCAUACGAUCAAUGUAAAGACAAGCCCCCUUCCACCUUUGCCUCCUCGCCUUGAGUGUGCAGCUGCUGGACCACAAAGUCUCAAGUUAAAAUGGGGAGAAAGUAGCACCAAGUUUCCAGCAUCAGAUGAUGUCAUGUUUAUCCUACAAAUAGAGGACAAAAAUAAAAGGUUUCUUCCCAUAUACAGAGGUCCAAGUCACACUUAUAAAGUGCAAAGGCUGACGGAGUUCACCUUCUACAGCUUCAGGAUUCAGGCCGUGAAUGAUGCUGGGGAAGGGCCAUUUUCUGAUGUCUACACAUUCAGCACAACCAAAUUAGUACCACCAACACCUAAAGCACCUCGUGUAACACAGUUAGAAGGAAACACGUGUGAAAUUGCAUGGGAGACAGUAUUGCCUAUGAGAGGAGAUCCCAUUGGAUACAUUUUACAAGUACAGGUUGGUCGGGAGUCUGAAUACAAACAGGUAUAUAAGGGAGACGACUCAUCCUUUCAAAUCUCAGGCCUUCAAACCAAUACGGAUUACAGAUUUCGUGUUUGUGUAUGUCGCCGAUGUAUGGAUACAUCACAGGAGCUCUGUGGAUCUUACAGUCCAUCUGCAUCUUUCAUUAUGAGGCGGAGUGACCUCAUGUUACCAGAGGACCUAUCUCAACUAGACCAUACAAAACUCAAGAGCAUGAUGCCUACUGAUGAACAGUUUGCCAUUCUAAUUGUUUUAGGCUUUGCAACCUUGUCUGUUCUGUUUGCAUUUAUACUUCAGUACUUCUUUAUGAAGUAAAUAGUGAAUACGGUUUAGAAGUAUAAAUUUAGCUAAUGCUGCGCAUUAUAAUCCAGACAUUUAUUCAGAUCAUACAUUUUUAAAGAAAUACAGACGUUUUUGAGUUCUACAGUUUAUAUUCUGAUAUUUUGCUGUCAGCUAGAUACAUUCUCAGUGUUUUUGAUGCACCUUUUUGAAAUGCAAACCCAGGAAAUAGCUGAAAUUUGUUUCUGCUAAAUAGCUAUAUAACACAGUGCAGUAGCAGUGUUAUGUCCUUUUGGUCAUUGCCUAAAUGUUCAAUUUAGAUUAUAGUUGCAAACUAAAAAUGCAGAAUAUUUAAAUACAGGCCAAAUGCUUUUGGCAUAUUAUAAUGCUCUGUUUUCCUCUAUGUGUGUGUGGGUACAGAAUACAGUACAUACAAUAUAAAGAUGCGCAUAUGUUUAUACAAUGUGUAUGUAUAUUUAUAUAGAUAUACAGCAUACAUAUGUAUGUGUUUGUGUGUGUAUAUAUAUAUAUCUACAGAAGAAUAUAUAUAUGUGUGUGUGUGUGUGUGUACUUACAUCGAGCAUAUACUGUACAUAAAUAUGCACAUGGAUAGUUUAUUGUGCAAUUGUAUGUAUAGGUGCACCUUUAUAUUUGCUCUGUAUAACUGAUGUGAUAUUGCUAACUUAAGAAGGGAAAUUAAUUUCAUGUUUACAAAGUGAUAGAUUAGAUUAUAUUUAAGCAAACAAAACAAUGCCUUAAAACUAUAAGUUUGCUUAUGAGGCUGCUUGUGUUGAGUGUAGUACAGGAAAAGUGCCCGGCCAUUACGUGUCAUCAUCCAUACCAAUAUAAUCACAGCAUAAGUGUGCAGAUUAAAUAGCCUUCAACCAAUGUAGACAAAAACAAAGAACCAACUACCGAAACUGCUGCUUGCCGCAGCAGUAUAAUUUACAUACAAUCUCGGCCAGCUCAGGAUAUACUAAAAUUAUUUAUUCAUGGUUUCACACUCGUUAAAAUAUCUUGCUUGUCAUAGUAUAUAAGGUAGCAGGAGGGAGCUAUAGGUGUGUUCCAAUUUAAAUUUGGUUGCUGAUCUAGCACCUGGAAAAUCAGACACUAGUGGAGCCACAUCUGGGGCUAUAGAAUGGUUCAAAAUGGUUUUACAAAGAUUGUAUUCUAUAUUAUCUUUUUAUUGUCUUUAGUAAUAAUUGUAACCAUUUGACUGUUUAGACCACACUGUGGGUUCCCAGAGAAUUGUAACCAUUUGACUAUUUAGGCCACGCUGUGGGUUCCCAGAGAAUUGUAACCAUUUGACUAUUUAGGCCAUGCUGUGGGUUCCUAGAGUGUGGCAUAGCCCUUCAUUUUGAUAUCACAUUGUCAUAAUACAAAAAAAAAAAAAGGAAAACAUUGCUGUCUGAGAACUAGCUACACCUAUAUAACAGAGUUCAAAUAAAAAAAAACCUCAGUUCUCAAUCCCAUGCCUGUUUCUGCAGCUUAUUGUAUGUUGGAAUGUAUACCUUUUUUUACCUUAAUUCAGAUUAUUAAUGCAAAGGGGCAUUGUGCAAUAGUUUAUCUAACUUGUUUAGCUGUAGAACUACAUAACCAGUGUAAAACAUGCUAUUAAACAGUUAUACAGUAUACAAUACAUAAUUUUCUUUGCAAGCUACUAAAUUCUAGUAAAGUAUUUCAGUUUCAAAUUGGAUAUUGUUUCUUUUUUAUUAGUCAGCACAAUCAUCUAAUAUAGUAUAAUAACACAGUACUCAUUUUGUUGUUAUCUUUAUUUGAUUGUUUCAUAUUUUUUGGCGCAUUGCACGUUAUUGUAUUUAGUAAUACUGUAUUAGUAUACUAUCAAAUCCGUGCAGUGCACAUUAGCCACACACUAAGUUCUUCUUUUCAAUCUGGAAAAAAAACACUGUACAAAUAUAUAAAAAAUAUAUGCUUUAGUAAAGGUAACUAGGUGUAGCUGACCGUAAUUCAACUUUUAUUUUAGAAAUAAAAUAAGUAAAUAAUGCUGAUGGCCAAACUGGCUAAACACAAUGUUGAGUUACAACCAAAAAUAUUGGUACAGUGUGUACAGAUAUGUCCUUGUUCAUCUUACUGGAUAUUGUUUACCAUGUGCAUAUGCAUCGCGGCAGUGAUGUCCUGCACCCUGCCGUGACUAGUCGCAGCGUACGUACGUAUGUACCAUGCAUUCCUAUGGAAGCGGGGUAUGUAUGCAUGUGCCUGUGCACAACCAUGGGCUCACUAUUCACGGCAUUUGAGUUGCUAUUGGCAUGAAUAGGCUGCUGGAUCAGUAUGGACACAUCUGUAUCUUGUAGAAAGUGAGAUAUGUGAGACAUUCAAAGCUUAUUAAACCAUAAUACAUUCACUCAGGAAGUACAAAAUCAGGCAUCAGCAAAUAUACAUUAUUUUCUAAUUUUCAAAGUAGAAUAAAAAAAACAAUUUAAAAUGUGACUACUUAUAACACAUAAUUUUCAAAUGCACAAUAUAGCUGUUGGGUUAAUAUGUUUUUUGUGUGGUGAAAUCUUAUUUCAGUAGUUAAGGAUUUUUUAAAAAUGUGUUGUAGAAUAUGGGCAUCUGGUUGACAUGUAACUAGUUUUAUUGAUUUCUCCAGACCAAUUUUCAAUAGUAAGACCCCCACACCACCACGAGCACCCUCAAAUAUCGCAGCAAAUGAGCUUCUUAUACAUAGGGGCUUCUCACCUGCCAGGUUUGGUAGGUGUGCUAAUAGAAUAGAACCCCAUGUAUUGCUUAGUGAAUUUCAACAGUUUGCUGUAUCUUCAGUUUUUAAAGAGGUGCUGAUGGGGAAGCCCUGUCAUCUCUCUCUUUAACUCCACUGCCAGCAGUAUUAAAAGGGAAACUAAGAUGUUGGUAUAAUUUUUCUUAAUGUUACGGUAUUUAAACCAAGAUCCCCCUUCUUUUAUACUGUUUCCAAUUGUACAAGAAAGUAAGCUGUCUUUCAGCAGUGUGCAGUAAAGCAAACCAUUUACAAACCUUUCGCAGUAUUGUUGUUCUACAGUUCAUUUUCAUUUCCUACAGAAAAAUGUAUAUUAUUGAAUUAAGCACAUUUCUUAUGGUUUAGUUAUGAUAAAUCAUAUCCCGGUUAAAUUAUCCAAAGUUUAUUUGAUUUCUUUUACCAACCAGACAACUUUACUGUAGCUAUGCAUCUUUAUAUACUUUACACUAAGAUAUCAAAUUAAGAGUUUUAUGUUGAUAUGAAAAAAGUGCCUCAGGGAAACUUUUCAGCUGAAGGUGCAAUACAUUUCCAAAAAGGUGCAACAGACACACAACGUAUACCCGCUUUUAUAUAAAUCUAUAUUUUGUUUAUUUUUGCUGCUUUACUUUGCAUUGUGAUAGAAUCUAAUGUUUGACAUUCAUUGAGGCAUUGUCUCAUAUUCCUGUUAAUAGUAUAUAUGCUUUUUACUCCCAUUACCAAAGUGAUGGGAAACCCAACAAUAUUUUGUUUAUUUUUUACAGUAUAUUACAUUAAGUACUUUGAAAUGCCAACUACAGUGCAAUCUUUUAUUUAUUGUAAAAAAACAAUAUAAAAAAAUAUGUACUAAUAUUUGUAGCAUGUUACAUUUUCAGUUCUUGUAAGUAAGGUAAAUUGUUACCCAGCAGCAUUUUAAGUGUUAUCUUUUUUUUAGAUUUUUUUUAAUGUUUAAAAAUAAACAAAUCAGCGCAUGUAAAGCCAAAAACAUCCAUGAUUGAAAUGUUUACAUGUAACCAAAUGCUCUAAUCAUCUCUUCUGAGGAAAGUGUUAUUGAUCCACUAAUCAUGCUGUGUGCCUAUAAUGUAGCAUAUGUUAGAAAUGUCCUGUAAUAUAAAUGUAAACACUAUGUUAACAUAGCUCUGCAAACUAAUAUUUCUGCCAGUGUUGUGGCGAAUUAAAUUUUUUUUUCUAUACAGUAUAAAUAUAUAUAUUUUUUAAUUUAAAUGUAUUUUUAUGCAGUUUUUUUGUCUCCUGUAUUUUAUGAGCAUAAUCUACUCCGGUGUUAAUAAAAAGAUCUUUUUGUAUUUUAUUCAGGCAAAAAAAUAUGUAAAAAAAUAAUAAUCUUUGUCCCAUUGGUUAAAAAUAGAAAUAAAAAAUUGUGAUUUUUUUUUUUUUUUUGUUUCAAAGAAAUUAAGCAUUGCUGCUACCUAAAAAAAUAAAAUGUAAUGAAUAAAUGAUUAUUUAACUUGACUUAAAAAAAAAAUAGUAGGGUUAAUCAGUCUCUUGCCACAAAAUAUUUUCAAUUAAUUCCUUAUGCUCUUUUCAAAGCAGCAUUAUUAACUUUAUUCUGCUUAGAAAAAAGGCAGACAAAAAAUGUAAGAAAUAAAUAGCUAAGUUUGUUAUGUGGAGGCAAAGUACCAUUUUUGUACCAUUUGUAAAAUAUUUAUUAUCCACAUACACCAAAAAUAUUUUGAAAAGCAAUGAGAGUGUAUGAUUAUCACAGUAGCACCAUUAUCCGCACAAUAUGAUAUCCACAGUGGUACAUGUAGAUCCUUUGAUUUUAGAGCAAGUUUAUUAAUAAUAAGCCAUAAUUGCACCUUAUCUUUUUUUGUAAAAAAAUAAAUAAAAACAGGGAAAUUUAGGGUAGAAUACAUUUUAGGUACUAAAAACCCAAAUGUCAUUUUCAGAAUUUCAUAUUAUAGUUAUGCUGCUUUGAAUGUUUCAUGAUAACUGUUACUACAGUAUGUAACCCUUAUACAUGCUCUGAUUAGAACACACAAGUCUUGUGGUUACAUUAUUCCAACUCUUAAUAAGCCACUAUGGGAACAUGUUCUAUGUGCAUUUAGAAAAAUAAACAUAAUUGGCCAGUUUUAGAAGAGAUCUUCUUUUAUUUCUGGAGGGACUUAUUUUUAUUAUGGGAUUUAUGUCCUUUUGUAUAAUGUUUGUGUCCAUCGAAAAGAUGAAAUUGACAAAAAAAAUUAUAUUUUUAUAUUUUUCAUAGUCCUUUUGUUUAGUUUUUUUUUAAAUAAUUGUUAAUGGCUGUAGAACAAGCCAUACUGUUAAUUUCCAUACCAUGAUUCCAUCCUUGGUAUAUUUUUAGCUUAUCCAAUGAUAACAAUUUUAAGAUUAGAAUUGACCUUUGCAACUAAUAUAAAUUCCUGCAGUAAAUUACUCUUUGUCAUGACCUGUUGCUAAAGUAGAAAACAUAUAUGAUGUAUAAAGAAUUAGAAUUGUACAAUGUUUCUAUCAGUACACUAGCCUGCUUUCUGUUCAAAAUUGCUUGCAGAUGCAGAAAAUUGGUUAUAAAAACCUGACAUAACCAGCCCCUAGACUCUUUGGUACCCAAUAGCAAUAGGCUGCGGCCUCUUCUUGUCACUUCAAAAAUAACUAUAGAACUUGGAGAUGUCUGAAUGGCAUCCUUGUACAACGAUUUAAAUUGAAUUUUAAAAUAUUUCUUACCUCACUGUUGGACAGACAUUCCAAACAUUUAAAGAAAAUCACAUUUUCUGAACUUGUAAAUUUAAGACUACUUUAUAUGCAUUGUAUUAAAGCUGUCAUAUCUGCUUUAAUGUAUAGAUUUAGCAAAAUAAAAAAUUGCUACAGUAUGUAAAACUUAACUGUAUUUCUAGUGUAUAUGUAAUAUAUUUAAGCCCAAUAAA